AUGAGCAAACGAAGAGAAGAUCAUUUACACAAAGGGUCUACGGUAUCACCAUACGAAGCAUUGGUUUCGGGAUCCAUAUCCGGAGCAGUUGCACGAGCGGUCACUGCACCUUUAGACACCAUAAAAAUCCGAUUACAACUCAGUCCCAAGAACUUCAAACAGCGAAAGUCCGUGUUCACCAUUGUCAAGAACCUUGUUCAAAACGAAGGUCUUGCUGCGUUAUGGAAGGGAAACGUUCCCGCCGAGAUCCUCUACAUUAUAUACGGUGGGGUUCAGUUCACUUCUUACUCGGUACUUAACAAGUGGUUAAGUCAAUACAGCAAUCUCAAUUCAGCCACCCAUGCAUUGGUGGUUGGUGGUGGGGCCGGGAUCGCAAGCACACUUACAACAUACCCGUUUGACUUGUUGCGGACCCGAUUGGUAGCUAAUUCAGAGAGAAACUUCCUAUCUAUGACAGGCACUAUUAAGAAGAUUAUGAAGGAAGAGGGAAUUGUGGGGAUGUUUGCCGGGGCGAAACCAGCAAUGCUUUCAGUGGCAUCGACUACAGCAUUAAUGUUCUGGUCAUAUGAAUUAGCCCGAGAUUUCGCCACUGAUUACAAACAUAUCCCGUUUAUAGAGGGGUUCUGUGGGUUCCUUGCUGGGGCUACUUCCAAGGGUAUAACAUUUCCGUUGGACACUUUGAGAAAGAGAUGUCAAAUGCAUUCAAUUGUCUAUGGAAAGGACGGCGCCAGUGCCAUUACCAUAUUCAAAAACAUAAUUACACGAGAAGGGGUGUUUGGGUUAUACAAGGGGUUCGGAAUUAGUGUCCUUAAAACGGCACCAACCAGUGCUAUAUCAUUAUUCAUGUACGAAUACACUCUUACUGCAUUAAGGAGAACUAAAAAUCAAAUCAUGGAAGAUUAA